UCCCGUCGAAGCCACCGAGGCGGCCGGCUCGGGAGGGCGGAGGGGAGCGCACGUCCUCGGCGUGGUGUCCCUCCGCCGCCGGGUGCCGCGGACUCCUUUUCGUGUCCUUCCACCGUGCCCGGGCGGCGUCCGGGUGGCUCACCGGGGGCGGCGACGCGUCUGCGGUGCGAGCGGUCGGGCUCCGAGGCUAUGAGGUGAGGGCGCCUGGGGACCGGAGGCGGCACCGCACAGCGCGAGGACCCGGGACGCGGAGCUCCGAAGCCGGUGGAUGCCUUUCGGACCCCGCGGCCACGCGCGAGGUGGAGGAGAGAACAUUGAAAUUAUUCUCUAAGCUAUUCAAAGAGAGUGACUAAAUGCACCUGGGUCAGGCUGUCUGUGGGUAUGAAGUGGUUGGGAGAAUCCAAGAACAUGGUGGUGAAUGGCAGGAGAAAUGGAGGCAAGUUGUCUAAUGACCAUCAGCAGAACCAGUCAAAAUUACAGCACACGGGGAAGGACACCCUGAAGGCUGGCAAAAACGCAGUCGAGAGGAGGUCAAGCAGAUGUAAUGGUAAUUCAGGAUUUGAAGGACAGAGUCGAUAUGUACCAUCUUCUGGAAUGUCCGCCAAGGAACUCUGUGAAAAUGAUGACCUAGCAACCAGUUUGGUUCUUGAUCCCUAUUUAGGUUUCCAAACACACAAAAUGAAUACUAGCGCCUUUCCUUCGAGGAGCUCAAGGCAUUUUUCAAAAUCUGACAGUUUUCCUCACAACAACCCUGUGAGAUUUCGGCCUAUUAAAGGAAGGCAAGAAGAACUAAAGGAAGUAAUUGAACGCUUUAAGAAAGAUGAACACUUGGAGAAAGCCUUCAAAUGUUUGACUUCAGGGGAGUGGGCACGGCACUAUUUUCUCAACAAGAACAAAAUGCAGGAGAAAUUAUUCAAGGAACAUGUAUUUAUUUACUUGCGAAUGUUUGCAACUGACAGUGGAUUUGAAAUAUUGCCUUGUAAUAGAUACUCAUCAGAACAAAAUGGAGCCAAGAUAGUUGCAACAAAAGAGUGGAAACGAAAUGACAAAAUAGAAUUACUGGUGGGUUGUAUUGCCGAACUUUCAGAAAUUGAGGAGAACAUGCUACUUAGACAUGGAGAAAACGACUUCAGUGUCAUGUAUUCCACAAGGAAAAAUUGUGCUCAACUCUGGCUUGGUCCUGCUGCAUUUAUAAACCAUGAUUGCAGACCUAACUGUAAGUUUGUGUCAACUGGCCGAGAUACAGCUUGUGUGAAGGCUCUGAGAGAUAUUGAACCUGGAGAAGAAAUUUCUUGUUAUUAUGGAGAUGGGUUUUUUGGAGAAAAUAAUGAGUUCUGCGAGUGUUACACUUGUGAAAGACGGGGAACUGGUGCUUUUAAAUCCAGAGUGGGACUGCCUGCGCCUGCUCCUGUUAUCAAUAGCAAAUAUGGACUCAGAGAAACAGAUAAACGUUUAAAUAGGCUUAAAAAGUUAGGUGACAGCAGCAAAAAUUCAGACAGUCAAUCUGUCAGCUCUAACACUGAUGCAGAUACCACUCAGGAAAAAAACAAUGCAACUUCUAACCGAAAAUCUUCAGUUGGUGUAAAAAAGAACAGCAAGAGCAGAACAUUAACGAGGCAGUCUAUGUCAAGAAUUCCAGCUUCUUCCAACUCUACCUCAUCUAAGCUAACACAUAUAAAUAAUUCCAGGGUACCAAAGAAACUGAAAAAGCCUGCAAAGCCUUUACUUUCAAAGAUAAAGUUAAGAAACCAUUGCAAGCGGCUGGAGCAAAAGAAUGCUUCAAGAAAACUCGAAAUGGGAAAUUUAGUACUUAAAGAGCCUAAAGUAGUUCUAUAUAAAAAUUUGCCCAUUAAAAAAGAUAAGGAGCCGGAGGGACCAGCCCAAGCUGCAGUUGCUAGUGGGUGCUUGACGAGACACGCGGCAAGAGAACACAGACAGAAUCCCAUGAGAGGUGCUCAUUCGCAGGGGGAGGGCUCACCCUGCACCUAUACAACCAGGCGAUCAGUGAGGACAAGAACCAGUCUGAAGGAGGCCUCUGACGUCAAGCUUGAACCAAACACAUUGGAUGACUACAAAAACAGUAUGAUGGAACCUUGCCUGGAUGGUGGUGAGCUGCCAACUCCCAUGGUGCAGGAGGAAGAUCUGGCUCAUGAAAUGGCACAAAAGGGGGAAGCACAGUGUCAUAAGAGUGACACUGGCAUGUCCAAAAAGAAGUCAAGACAAGGAAAACUUGUGAAACAGUUUGCAAAGCUAGAGGACUCCACUCCGGUGCAUGAUUCCCUUGGAAAAGACAGCAUGGUGCCAGAGUUGAUGGGGCCCCGUUCUGACCCGGGGGAGCACAGUGGCAUGGGCGGUGUGCCUGUGACCUACACAGACUGUGCUCCUUCACCUGUAGGGUGUUCAGUUGUUACGUCAGACAGCUUCAAAACAAAAGACAGUUUUAGAACUGCAAAAAGUAAAAAGAAAAGGCGAAUCACAAGGUAUGAUGCACAGUUAAUCCUAGAAAAUAACUCUGGGAUUCCCAAAUUGACUCUUCGUAGGCGUCAUGAUAGCAGCAGCAAGACAAAUGACCAAGAGAAUGAUGGAAUGAAUUCUUCAAAAAUAAGCAUCAAGUUAAGUAAAGACCACGAAAAUGAUAAUAAUCUCUAUGUAGCAAAGCUUAAUAAUGGGUUUAACUCAGGAUCAGGCAGUAGUUCUACAAAAUUGAAAAUCCAGCUAAAACGGGACGAGGAGAGUAGGGGGUCCUAUACAGAGGGGCUUCAUGAAAAUGGCAUGUGCUGUAGCGAUCCCCUUUCUCUCCUGGAGUCUCGAAUGGAAGUGGGUGACUAUAGUCAGUACGAGGAAGAAAGUACAGGUGAUUCCUCCUCUUCAGAGGGAGAUGAAGAGGAGGAAGACUAUGAUGAUGACUUUGAAGACGAUUUUAUUCCUCUUCCUCCAGCUAAGCGAUUGAGGCUAAUAGUUGGAAAAGACUCUAUAGAUAUUGACAUUUCUUCAAGGAGAAGAGAAGAUCAGUCUUUAAGGCUUAACGCAUAAGCUCUUUGUCUUAAUUUGACAUGGGAUAACUACUUUAAGGAAAUAAAAAAUUCCAGUCAAUUAUUCCUCAACUGAAACAUUUUAGUGACAGCACUUCUAUUGUCUCUUCACUUAUCAGCAUAAUAUUGUAGAAAGUGUACAGUGUACUGACUUAAGUCUGAUUUCUGUAAAUUUUUAUCGUACUUUUUAAAUAGCCUUCUUACGUGCAAUUCUGAGUUAGAGGUAAAGCCCCGUUGUAAAAUUAAAGCUCAAGCAAAAUUGUACAGUGAUAGCAACUUUCCACACAGGACGUUGAAAACAAUAAUGUGGCUACACAUUUUUUUUUUUUUAACUUUAAGAGCAUCAGCUGGCUCUUUAAUAUAUGACUAAACAAUAAUUUAAAACAAAUCAUAGUAGCAGCAUAUUAAGGUUUUCUAGUAUAUGCUAAUAUCACCAGCAAUGAUCUUUGGCUUUUGAUUUAUUUGCUAGAUGUUUCCUCCUCGGAGUUUUGUCAGUUUCACACUGUUUGCUGGCCCAGGUGUACUGUUUGUGGCCUUUGGUAACAUAGCAAACCAUUGGUUGGGAGUCAAAUUGGUUUCUUUAAAAAAAAAAAACUAUACAUGCUGACAACUCACUUCAGUACGUUGUAUGUGCAAGGGUAGCAGUGUGCGGGAUGAGUUUCGAUACUGCGUAUUUAUUGCUUGUCGUGUAAAUUACAGACCUUGUAUUUAACACUUUUCAAUCCUUUUAGAUAAAAUUGUUCUUUGCAAGAAUGAUUGGUGCUUAUUUUUUCAAAAAUUUGCUGUGAACAAUGUGAUGACAACAAGCAACAUUUAUCUAAUGAACUACAGCUAUCUUAAUUUGGUCCUUCAAGUCUUCUGUUGCACUUGUAAAAUGCUACAAGGAAUAUUAAAAAAAUCUAUUCACUUUAACUUAUGAUAGUUUAUGAAAUAAAAACAUGAGUCACAGCUUUUGUUCUGUGGUAACCUAUAAAAAUGUUUGUCUUUGAAAUUCAGUGUAAAGAACUGAAAACAAUGUAUAUGUUGUAAAUAUUUGUGUGUUGUGAGAAAUUUUUGUCAUAAGAAAUUAAAAGAACUUACCAGGAAGGUUUUUAAGUUUAGGAAUAUUCAUGCCAAUAAAAUAGGAAAUUAUAAAUAUAUAGUUUUAAGCACUGCAUCAGUGGGAAUUC